GGGCGGGCGCGAUCCACCAAGGCCCGGCCAUAAAGGUGCCGCGGGCAGCGGUGCGGUGCUCGGAUCCGGGGAUCGCCACUUGACUGCAGUCUGUUCGCAUCCGAGAGACCAUGGUGGGCUCCCCGCGCUCCCCGCUGCUCCUGCUGGCCGCCCUGAUCGUCGCCCUGGCCCUGGCUGUGAGCCCCGCGGCCGCGCAGGGCCCUAGAAAGGGUCGCCUGCUGGGCGGCCUGAUGGAGGCGGACGUCAACGAGGAGGGCGUUCAGGAGGCACUGUCCUUUGCGGUCAGCGAGUUCAACAAGCGGAGCAACGACGCUUACCAGAGCCGCGCGAUGCGCGUGGUGCGCGCACGCAAGCAGGUCGUGUCGGGAAUGAACUACUUCUUGGACGUGGAGCUUGGCCGGACUACAUGUACCAAGUCCCAGGCCAACUUAGACAACUGUCCCUUCCAUGACCAGCCGCACCUGAAGAGGGAAAAGCUGUGCUCCUUCCAGGUUUAUGUCGUCCCAUGGAUGAACACCAUCAACCUGGUGAAGUUUAGCUGCCAGGAUUAAUAGGGGACUGGGUGUCAGGCAGGCCACUGACCGCCUCUCACUCACACCCCUGCAGAGUGCCCACACCUGCGGUGGGUGACUGCCUACUGAAACCGUGCCCGCCCCAUGCUGCCCCCGCAGACACAGGCUCCUUGGGCAUUGUCUGAUCUGCCAGGGGGCUCUAAUUCGUGUCUUUCUUCUAAUUGCUUUCCAAGUGCACGGUGCUCUGCUAUUUUACUCAAUAAAAAAGUAACAGCAGCUA